AUGCUGGGUGUGGGAUUUUUAUUGUUAUUUUUUGCCCUAAAUGUCCACUCGAAAGAUCCGGGUCCUGGGCCAAACGCUGUGCUCAUUGAGGCCAAUGAUGGGUCUAUCCAUUGCGGUGUCUUCGAGGAAGCGCUGUCGUUAUACUGCUUGGCCCCGCUGGUCAAGUUCGCCAAUCCGGGCUCAAACGCUCUUCUACCACCACUGUCCAGAGCUGCAGACCUAUGCGGUGAAUUCGGUCGUUACAAGGAGUGCACGCGGGAUGUUGCGGAAAACUGCCGAAGCAACAUCGCGCCAAGUGUGCAGCAAAUGUACUCGACGAUUUGCGAGGAAAAGUAUGCCAACUUGUUGAACGAGGAGCGUGACUGCCUGCGCCAACUGGAAGAGGACAGGGCGUUGGAGGAGUGCUUUGCCAGGAAAAACGGAAAAUCGGUAGCGGAGACUGAGAAAACGGGCAAAAGUGUCUGGCCUUUCAUGGCGGCGCCAACUUCGGAGUGUGCUCUCUAUCAGUCUCUAGCCGAAUGCUUGAUGGAAACGCCGCGGACGAAUUGUCAGGAGGCCGUUAAGUUGUCGCUAUCGCUGAUAAGCGCCCUCGGCACCCGAGACCCCAAUUCACCUUGCGAGUUCAUCUUACCAGCCGGCCGCCCGGCUCCUCCAGCGCUGGAAAUCUGUGAUUCAAAUGGCCAAAACUGUUCUUGCCGCGAGGCCGGGUACGUCUACGACAAGGACGAGAAGAAGUGCAAAGACAUCGACGAAUGCGCGGACGAUUCGGCGCUGUGCUCGCAGUACUGCACAAACAUUCCCGGGGCUUUUCUGUGCUCCUGCGAUCCGCCGCACUAUUCUCUGGCUUCAGACAAUCGUACCUGUCUCCGGAAUGAUGAUGAACCGCUUUGGCUAUUCUUUGCUCACGGCCAAUCGGUGUGGAACAUUUCCGCCGAUGGCCGCUCGUUCCAGCUGCAAAAGGCCGCGUUGCACAAGACGGCCAUGAUUGAUGUGGACAUUGUGGAACGUCGUCUCUACUACGCCGACAUCGGCGCCAACACCAUUGAGCGCAUGAACAUCGAUGGCACUUUCCCGCAGGCCGUCCAGAAAUAUGAGGUCGAAGGCAUGGAGGGAAUCGCCGUCGACUGGGUCGGACGGAACCUUUAUUCCGUCCGCCGCCGCGACAUCAUCGUCCAGGCCCUCGACGGGCGCUACAGGCGUAAAUUGUACGCUUCUGUACUGCAGCAGCCCCGUGCCAUCGCGCUGCACCCGGCUAGGGGGCUGAUCUUCGUGACAGAUUGGUCGUCAACGGCGUUCAUUGCUGUGGCUGCCAUGGACGGCAGUUCUUUCAAGAAAAUCGUCACCGAGCGUAUCACCUGGCCAAACGCGCUGGUGGUGGAUGUGCAUGCGGACAGGAUCUACUGGGCUGAUGCGUUUUUGGACACUAUCGAGGUGGCAAACUUGGACGGCUCUGGGCGACGGACCGUUGUUUCUGACUCGGGCUCCGUCCCGCACGUUUUUGGGAUGGCGCUGGCCGACGAUUACCUCUACUGGACCGAUUGGACGUACAGGGGUCUCCUCCGCGCCAACAAGCUCACUGGCGAGAAUAUGACGGUGCUCGCGCAGACGGCCCUCCUGCCCUACUCCAUCAAGGUUUUCCACCCGGUCUUGCAGCCUGUCGUACUCUCCGAUUGCUCGACAAAGGCCUGCUCGCAGUUGUGCUUGAUUGGCCCGCCAGCCAAUAGCACUUCGCCGAUCCCGGCACCUGGAUCUCUGCCACCAUUCCCAGCAGUGUCAACCCGCUGUGCGUGCGGAGAUGGGUUCCGACUGCUUGCCGACGGGCAGACCUGCCAGUCCAAUUGUCCAGAAGGGAAUUUCGAGUGCGGUGGAAGUGAUGCCAAGUGUAUCAGCCGUCUCUACGUCUGCGACGGCGUCAGCCACUGCAACAACGGGGCCGAUGAGGCGAAUUGCGCGCCCCGCAUCUGCACCCCGGGCCAAUUCCAGUGCCACGACAACAAGCGCUGCGUGCCCGCCAUCGCGCUAUGCGAUGGCAAAGCCGACUGCCUCGACGAGUCCGACGAGAACUUUUGCGCAAAAGCGAAAUAUCAGCGCGCCCCGGCGAAACAGCCCCGCAUUCCCAGCAGAAUGAUGUUCCUC